GUGCCCCGCCCGGCUGGCAACACGGUGCCUCCUGACUCCUGAGAGAGGGUGCCACUGCCGUUAAACCCGCCAGUGACACUCGAACACAAAGCGGGUUCCUGUCAACAUCGCUGGGACGGAGGCUCCUGCUGUCGAUUCCCCAGGAACGUCGUUCGACCAAAAUGAUCGCCAUGACUCGAAUUGUGGCGAUGCUGUGGGCUGUGACGGCUGUUGUGGGCGCCGCCGCCAACGACCCCCUCAGCCGCAGGGCAACAUUCCCCUCUGGCUCCAGUGAAACAAAGCAGAUCGACCAGCAACUGAACGCCAUCCUCAGCACCCUCACGGAGAAUCACAACCAGGUACAAACCUCCAUCCGCGACAUCGUGCGCAUGGUCAGACGAACCCACCGGGAAAUCGCCGACCUGCGGGAGGACACUGACCUCAUUUUGGGUCAGAUGUACAAGCCCUCGUGCCAAGAGAUCGCCGAGGGCCAGCCGGACCACAUCGCGGGGAAGAACCAGUUCGCGACAGAGGGCGUGUACACCAUUCGGCCACCAAAGUUCAAGCCCAAGAAGGUCCGCUGCGAACUCGGCCGGGGAGCCAUAGGAUGGACGGUCAUCCUGGCCAGAAACAACGGACGUGAGCCGUUUAACCGCACUUUCCAGGAGUACAAGGAUGGCUUCGGAGAUCCUGCGCAGGACCACUGGAUCGGCCUGGACAUGUUGCACAAGCUGACCACCUGGGAGCCUCACCAACUCCGAGCAGUCAUGGAAGACUUCGACGGUUCGAAGACUUGGGUUCAGUACAAUGUGUUCAGAGUGGACGGGCCCGAGGAGGACUACAAGCUGACGGCGGAGGAGUUCGAGGCUGACAGCGCCGCGGGAGAUGGCCUCAGCAUCCACAACGGCAUGAAGUUCUCCACCUACGACCACGAUGAUGACACCAACAAUGACGGAAACUGCGCCAAGCUCUUCGGUGGAGGAGGCGGCUGGUGGUACAAUAACUGCUACCACGUCCUUCCCACCGGCACGUACCGACACGUCGGCGGCAGCGAGUACGGGGGCGUGGCCUGGUACCCGUGGAGGAACGUCAAACACUCCCUCAAGAGCCUCACGCUGCUCAUCAGGCCGAGAUAUUAGGCUCCGGUUGACCGCGAGAUCUCGUGUCGACAAGCGAGGCGGAAGCAGUGGGUGGGAUGUAAACACUGAGCAAAUUCGGAAACUCUCUCAGGCUUUUGUUUUAUUCUAUUUUAUUAUUAUUGCAGAUGUCAUGUGUAGGUUUGGACAGUGAGAGUAGUUUUUCAUAGUGGAAUCUAUAAUUGUUUUUUUUUUUAUAUGAAGAGGAAUCUGUAAUUGGUAUGGAACUGUAUAUUCUUUUGUCAAAAUGGAUGAUUAUCGUUUUCUUAAGGUUUGGUAGUGAUUGUUAUUUUUGUCAGAGUGAAAAAAAUAUUUAGCAGUGUAUUCAUUGAUAAGGAUGUCAGAUUUCAAGAUGUGUUGGUGAACAUUUCAAAAUGUAGUUUUAAAGUACACUGCAUGUAGACUUGCUAUUAAAUACUUUCACAAACAGAA